GGCUUUGUGUUAUAGCAGAAUGACUAAGCAAAUUUACUGGGAAAGCGCAAAAGACAGAGGAAUACGGGUGUUCUCGAGAUUAUUUUGCUCUAGAGCGUGAUCGAAUAGCUGGCCGAGGACCGGUUAUGGAUGGGAAGAGAUCUAUCAAAAUGGAUCCCUUAUCACCAAACCCUGGUCUGGCAAUAAACGAUGACGAGCUCGUCACGAUAUCGGUGCGAGACUUAAACAGGCAAUUAAAAAUGCGUGGAGUGACCAAAGAGGAGAUAGUGCGUAUGAAACAGCGGAGACGCACGCUGAAGAAUAGAGGUUAUGCGGCUAGCUGUCGUAUAAAGCGCAUAGAACAGAAGGACGAGCUGGAGACUGAAAAGUCUCAGGAAUACCGAGAUAUGGAGGAGAUGCACGAGAAUAAUAAUCGUAUGAGAGACGAGAUAGACUCCUGGUACGUCAAGUUCCAAGCACUGAAGAAAUUCGCCCUGGAGAAAAAAAUUAUGAUCCCGCCAGAAUUGGAGAUGGAACCUAAGAAAUACGAUUAACUAACGAUCAAAUAUAUUUGUCGAUUGCAACAUAUACACAUGUUAAGGAUGAGAGUUUGAUGAGUACUAUAGUAAUUGUUAAUUUUUAUGAUUUUCAAAUGGAUAUAGAAGGGAACUAUUCAUUUUAUAUGUAUAGCUUUUAAUGUAGGGACAGUGUGAUAUAUGAAGCGUGUAUGCAAUAAAGCUACAUAACAUAGAUAUUUAAA